UUCCACUGAAGAACCUAGGUUUUUAUGUCGUGAUGACCAUGAGUUUGUUCUUCCCGAAACCCUGACACAAACUUUGAUAUACAACAUAUGACAUCAAAACAUACAUCCAAGGCGUUUAAUUAAUACAUGAAAAAGAUAGGAAAGACAAUACAGCCUAGAGAUACUUGUUGAAAAGCAGGGAUGGAGGAAAGUCUCAGGGGGCGCUGUAGUUGAGAGCAGUAAGACGAUUAUUUUUGCUCUUCUCUUUUUUUUUUUAAGAAUGAAACGACGAGGAAAUUACAACAAGGAAAAGAAGAGCUGUUGACAUUUUUCUGGCGUCAAAAUCAAGUGAUAAAACUGAAUGCCUUAAUGAUCUGUCGCUACGGUUAUUCUUUUGUCUGAGCAUUUCACUGAAACCGUUCACUGCGUCGUGUGUCCUACACACUGUCUGCUGUAGCCUUGCUUUGCUACAGCUACAGUACUGCUUGCUCCUGAUGUACAAGAACUGUACUGCUACUACAACAGUACUGCUAAGCCGUUAACAGCUCGUAAAUCGCAUUUUAGACUGGACUGCGGACUCGCAAUGAACUGUCCGGCUUCGGAAAUGGGCGAGAUCAUUACGUCGCAGAGGAGUGACAGCUUUCCUUCUCCUGUCCAAAACAAGGAUCAAGAUGUCAUCAGGGCCGACGCGCUUCUCAAAGCCAUUAUGUCGGAGCUUAUCGACAGCAAAUUCGCUGUUUUCCAAGUCAAAAUGGACGAGAACGGCAAGGAGAUGGCGAACCUGAGGCUCCGGGUGGAAAUCGCCGAGAGCGAGCUGAGCGCACUGCGGGGAUACAUCUUGACUUCCGCGGACAAGGCUGCGGCGCUACGUGUGCCCUCAUCCUCCAGGAGCCGCGUCGGCAGCCCGAAGAGAGACCUGCGCACCAGGAGAGUGCUCUCGGCGAAGUCGCUCGCUGGAAAGGUCGCCUCUUCCACACCCGCACCCCAGACUGGGGACAGUCCUCCGCGGGCAACCCCAAACUGUCAGACUGAGGCUCUGUGGGAAAAUCACACACCGACCUGCCGCGGCGAGAACAGGGGUAUCCCCGCUCCCAGACUGGAAACGGAGAAAGCAGGUCUGCAUGCCCAAGAGGACACGAGCAGAGAAGCAGCUCCAAAACAAGAAAAGAAGUGGAUACCUUUUGCCAAAGGCAACACGUUUCCCCAGAUAACGAGAGUCCAAGGAAACGGGGACCAAGGACACAGGGAGAGGUGCGGAGAGGAUCAGGAGUUAGUGCCAUGCAGCGUAAAGGAAGAAGAUGCCGAGAUGGAUCUGAACAUCAUACAGGUCCCAGUGCUGGAAUCGGGAUCGGAAUCAGGGGACGAGCUCGGCGUCUCCCAGCCUGUGUGUGAAGGAGAUGCUUCUCCACUGGAUUCUGCCUUCUUCCUCGGGAACGGGACUGCUGCUGGAGCCAUGAUUCCACGGAAGCAGCAGAUGGGAAGUCCCACGGCAGGGUGCCCCAGAAACAGUGGCGUGUCCCAGGGGGACCCCCGUCUGGAUUGUGUGUCUGGCUGCGACGAAAUGGGGCGUCUAGUGAGGGAGCUGUCCUGCCAGGAUCCCAUGACACAGGAGGGCGGUCCUAUAUCUUUGCCAGCUGCAGAUGGUGGAGCAAAAGUGGAAACGGAGCAUUGCCUGGAGGUACCUAUCAAAGAAGCACUGUCUGAUCAGCAUGAACAGAAUCUGCCGCCCGAGACAGGCAGCAGCCCUCACCCUGUUCCUGCCCCCUUCUCCAGACAGCCGUCCCCCUCUGCCUCCGUCCCGUGGAACUACGGUCUCCAGCCCUACCAGCCCGUCCCCAACGUGUCUGCCCUUUCCUUGCUCCCCUCCAUGAUUUUACCCUCCGGAAAAUACUCCGGAGCGGGGGCAGGCUCGCAGCAGCCCGCGGAGCCCACACAGUGCCAGGCGGAUGGUGGCGGUAAUGCAGGCACAACUGGCAUGCUGCGAAACCUCCAGCACAUGUACGCUGGCGAGAGCUUCUGGCGCCAGGACUUGAAUCCGUCACAGCACUGCAACAAGCCCUGGACGCCCGGCGUUGCGGGGGCGUCGGGAGAGGCCUAUCUCUGCACUGAGUGCGGGAGGACCUUUAACCUCUUGGGCAACCUCAAAGCCCACCAGAGGCUCCAUGCUGGCGACGGGAGGCGGCGGGACCUCUCCGCUGAGGACCUGGAUGAGCACGGGAAUGCCCAGAAGCCGGCGUACCGCUGUACUGAAUGCGGGAGAGGGUUCGGUCACUACCGUAGCCUACAGCGCCACUGGAAGACCCACACUGGGGAGAGGCCCUAUCACUGCGGGGAAUGUGGCAAGGACUUCCACCUCCUGGAGUCCCUGAAGGCCCACCAGAGGAUCCACACGGGGGAACGGCCCCACGUCUGUGCCGAGUGCGGGAAGAGGUUCAGCGAAGUCCAGAACCUGCGGGUCCACAUGCGGAUCCACUCCGGGGAAACUCCCUACCCCUGCGCCCAGUGUGGGAAAAGCUUCCGCCAGUUCCAGCACCUCAAGAGGCACCGUCUUGUGCAUGCCAAGCCUCCCCUGCCCCUGGGUGCCCGAGUAGGGGUUCACGAAUGAGAGCCUGCCCUCUGGGAGCUUGCGUUGGGCCAACCCCCAGAUACACCCUCUGGGAGGAAUAAAAUAUUGCAAUCCCCGGGAGUUGGCAAGUGAACAGAAAGUAAUGUGUUGGUUAACUUUAUAAACUCCUUUUCUCUAGCGCAGGGAAGUUACCGUUACCUGUUAAAGAUCCUCAAGGACAUGAGAGAGACUAGGGAAUCGCCUUCAGCCCGUCACACACGUGUGCUUUUCACUAGUGUUUUAGCCUUGAAGUUGCACAUUUCCUGAAAUAUUUAAGGCCAAACCUUGAUCCAUCCGUACCCUGCAAAUCCAUUUCUCUAUGGGUCUCUGAGCUGAAAGACAGGGAUGUGUCUGAGGAACAGAGCAGUUGUGAAGCCAGCAGAUGAAGGACUGUUGGGGCAGACUUGCAGUUUCAUUCUCAGAACAGCUGGGACUCUGCAGGAAUUUUCCUCCCGUAUCUGAAGAUCUCUCUCACUUCUUCGACCUGCCCCGUCAUGGUCACACACAUGAUCAUUGUCCCCACACUGCCUCUACUGGCGUGCCUCACUGGUGUCCUGUCCGGAUGGACUGUGGACCUGGAAGACGAUUCACUCUAUGCAUGUUACGAAUUGUAACUUGCAUGAAUUGAACACAUCGGACGUAGAAAUGAGCGGAUUUAAUUAACUAAAAUGUACAAAAUCCACGUGGAGGAAAUGACCGGCCAUCACUCUACUGUCUAUGAUUAUGGAACCAGACUUGGCUGUUUGGCUGCUUGAACUGGAACAUCCUUAUAAUGAGCUGCCAGAGCUAAAAAACCAUCAAACAUGCAUGCUGCUCUCCUUUCAGCUACCUAUUCUAAUACUUUUAAUAUUGUUUUUUUUAAUAUUACACUAUUGUCACUCUGUGGAUCUGAAACCUGGAAUGAAAACAAAGUGCAUUUUCUUUUGAAAUGAACCAAGCAAUGGAACUCAUCCAGCAGAGGUGUUCAUGUGGAGUGAAGGAUACUGUAUGUCCUUUCACAGGAUUCACAGGAUUGCUUGUUGCAAUCCAGACUAAAUCACAUCCACGUCCCCCUCUUAUGUGAUUGAGAUUAGGUGUGAUAAUCCAGGACCACACAGCAGACACGCCUGCUAUGUACCCACAGAGCCAUGCAUCACUCUGUACUGCCGUGUCUAUCCUCCAAAUUCAAUUUAAACCACACAUUCUGGGGUUCCUACAUUCCUACUGUCUCUAAAGCUGAUCUAGUAAGAAACGACAUGUCAUUCUUUUUGCAAUGCAAACAUCUUGACUUUUGUUCGGAGUUGAUCUCACUCAAUGUUUGAUAUUUGCUUGCAUGCACUGUGGUUUUAGUUCAGGGUGUGUGGCAGGUAAUUAGUGUUGUGUUGAAGGUCGUUAUCGGUCUCAGUCCCUUCAAAUGUGUUGGUGCGUAGACCUCUAAAAAAGGCAAAGCAACCAAUCUUGUGAAACUCCUAAAAGUAGUCACAACAAGACAUGGCUUUAUUAUUAGGACUAUGACCGCUGCCUUUUUCAACAGAAAAGUCAAACCACUUCUGAUUUAAAAGACAUCUUCUACGUUGGGAUACCUAGUAGAUUAGGCCAAGCUACAUUUACAGAAGUCAUUUUUCACUAAGGUUUUUAGUCUAGGAUAACCUAGACAAAGACAAAAAGUAUGUUAAACAGUUGUAGUAAUGGAUGGAGAAGUAAAACUAUAUUUAGCAUAGCAUUAAAAAAGCCUGUCCCUUACAAAUGCAACAAAUUCAAAGUUACUCUCAAGAUCAAGAUCAUUUUUGCUGCAGGCGCACUAACAAUAUAUGGGAUAGACAUGCCCUUGGUAAAGUCAAUAACGGGGUUUACUGUGGGAGCCACAGGCUAGUAGAAUGCCUGGCCUUCAAUGCAAGCUGUACAUCUGCGUGUUUCGUGACAGAUUGCAGAUGCUGUCUUGUUGGACUCUGUCCCAGUCCUCUCACAGCCCAGACAAGCUUGUGCCUUCUAAGAGGUCUUUGAGACCUGGAUGCUACGUGUUCAAAGGGGCUCAAGACUGGUGUACCAGCAGCAUGAGGACAUGUGCUGUCCUCCUGGACUGCAGUCACUCAUAUCAGGAGGGGCCCGCAAGCAGGGCAGCAAGAGUGAGAUCCCCGGACAUGUAGUGUAGUGUUGUGCUGUCAGGUUGCCAACAAGCACUCCAGGUUCUGUAGAGGUGAGCCACUCCUGCCUAGACCAUCACACUUGGACCUCUCCAUUGAUUUUGGUGAGGUAUUGUGGCUCGUGUUCUCCCAGAUAUUUUAGGCUGCAACAUCUUGUCAGGUUAGAAUUUGCAGGCUGUGUGCACAGCCUACCUGUGGCUGUGUAGACAUCAGGCAACAGUGUGGUGACUGAGCCCUGCUUAAAACAGGCCAUUGGCAGGCAUUGGUGUUAUUCUCUUGAUAUGUGAGGGAUGUUAGCUCCUUUUUGAGUUUUGCUUUCUGUAUCCCCAGGUUAAAUCACCUAAUCACAGGUGUUCUGUCAUUUUUCUGUACAUGAACACAUGCACGGGGUGAUACAGGUAAAGGCUUAUUCCAUGUUGAAAGGAAAAGCAAAGCGAUGCAAUGUUUCAUGCUUCUUAAAAAAGGCUUCACAGAUGAAAUAUUGUUAUUUACCUUUCAGGGUGGAAUUAACCUUUACCUGUUUUUUUGCAGCCUACGCAUGCUGUCAUAGCUACCUACUUGACCUUCAUGGAGUUAUGUUUCUUUUGAUGUUUAGUGUAUUUUUUUUUCAGAAACCUAUUUCGUGCUGCUGAUUAAAGUUCCAUUUUCAGA